ACCGAUUGUGACGAAAGAGUUCAACACUUGCCCAUAAUCCUUUGCGCGAACGCCGCUUUGAAUGAAUUUUUUCCUGGCGUGUUUACGUUGUCGUAAGGCUCUUUGGCAGAGUACACGUGUGAGGCUUAUGUCCCCUGCUAAGCUAAAGGUUUGGAUCAGAAUUAAACAGAAACAUGACAAGUGAGGACACUGAGAGGCUGUUGAUCCAGUUUCAGGACGAGAAUGGGGAAGUUCUGGGCUCACCCUUUGAUGUGCCUUUGGACAUCACUCCUGACAAACUUCAACUUGUGUGCAAUGCCUUGCUGCAGAAGGAUGAGCCUGUAUCUCUGGCUUUUUUUGUGCACGGAGAAGCAGAGGUAGUGUCCACGCUGCGGUCCUGUGUUAGGACUCUUGGAGCCGAGACAGAACAAGUUCUGCCGGUGGUGUACCAGCCUCAGGCUGUGUUCAAAGUUCGGGCUGUGACCCGCUGUACCAGUACGCUACAGGGACACACAGAGGCUGUCAUUUCUACUGCCUUCAGCCCCACUGGCAAACAUCUGGCCAGCGGCUCGGGUGACACCACAGUGCGCUUCUGGGACUUGAUGACUGAGACGCCCCUCUUCACAGCCAGAGGACACACACAUUGGGUGCUGAGCAUCGUCUGGUCGCCUGAUGGAAAGAAGCUUGCUUCAGGCUGCAAAAACAGUCAGAUCUGUCUGUGGGAUCCAGUGACGGGGACACAGAUUGGGAAGACUUUGACGGGGCACACCAAGUGGAUCACUUGGCUCUGUUGGGAACCUCUCCACCUCAAUCCAGAGUGCCGCUUCUUAGCCAGCAGCUCCAAGGACGGCUCCAUACGCAUCUGGGACACCAUCCUGGGUCGCUGUGAGAAGAUCUUGACUGGACACACUCAGUCGGUCACGUGUGUCAAAUGGGGAGGAGAUGGACUUCUUUACACCUCUUCCCAGGACCGAACCGUUAAAGUGUGGCGAGCCAAAGAUGGCGUCCAGUGCAGGACCCUGCAGGGCCACGCCCACUGGGUCAACACCCUGGCCCUCAGCACGGACUACGUCCUGCGCACUGGAGCUUUUGAACCUGCGACUGCCACAGUAAACCCGCAGGAUCUCACCGGAUCCUUGGAGGAGUUAAAGGAGAGGGCCUUGGAGAGAUAUAAAAAAGUCCGAGGAUCUGCUCCGGAGCGCUUGGUGUCCGGCUCGGAUGAUUUCACAUUAUUCCUGUGGAAUCCCGCAGAGGAGAAGAAACCUUUGGCCAGGAUGACCGGCCACAGCGCCCUGGUCAACGAAGUGCUCUUCUCCCCAGACACCCGAUUGCUCGCUUCCGCCUCUUUCGAUAAGUCCAUUAAGAUCUGGGAUGGACGUACUGGAAAGUACCUAACAUCUCUGCGUGGUCACGUGGGAUCUGUGUAUCAGGUGGCGUGGUCGGCGGACAGCAGGCUGCUGGUCAGCGGCAGCAGCGACAGCACGCUCAAAGUGUGGGACGUGAAGACCGGGAAGCUCAACAUGGACCUCCCAGGCCACGCCGACGAGGUUUAUGCCGUGGACUGGAGUCCUGAUGGACAAAGGGUGGCCAGUGGUGGGAAAGACAAGUGUCUCAGAAUAUGGAGAAGAUAGCCAAAUGCGUCCGUUUGCCACUGCUUCAGAAGAAAAUACAUCUUCUAGUGUCUAUAGACCUGGCAGCUGGAGCCACAAGUGGCCUGACUCUCUCGUCCUCCGUUUGUCUCUAAUGUGGAGACAUCUGAGUCAGUCACAACACAGCAGCAACGCAAGGCUGUACAGUCGGACUCGGGUCAUUUACUGAACCUAACUUAAUGCACACCAAAGAUCAGCUUGAUGUGCUGUGAUUAAAUCAUAUCCUUAGACUGCUGAUGGAUUUUCCCUCUGUGGAUAAAAACUAGGGGAAAAAAACUAUUUCAGCAGAGAAUCACGUUUAUUAUUUCAUCAACAUCAGACGUUACCAGUUAAAUAGGGAAAUCCUGCGCUGUGAGGAGACAGGUGGGCAGGUUUAGCUAACAGGUGGGAGUGGUAAUGCCUUCCUCCAGCCUUUAAUCUCUUCUGCCGUGCUUUCAGCCAAGCUGCAUACAUAGAGCUGUUCUAGUCAUGUCCCACAUUGGGAUAACCACGUUUACUGUCCCAGUUGCAUGCAUUUAGGUGCUAAUAAAUGUUUAUCACCUCUCGGA